UUUUCCGGUUGGGGGCCUGGCCGGCUCCUCCCCGGUUGGGCCGCGCGCCCCCCUCCCCCCGCGGGCCCCCCCCUCCGCCCGCGGCCCCCCGACGCCGGGCUGCCGCCACCAUGAAGAAGUUCUUCCAGGAGAUUAAAGCUGACAUCAAGUUCAAGAGCGCAGGGCCCGGUCAGAAACUCACAGACAACGUGGGAGAGAAGGCCCCCAAAGAAAAGUCCCAGCAGUCAGCCCUCCGGCAGCCCCGCCAGGGACCCACAGAUGAGGCACAGAUGGCGGCUGCAGCAGCCCUGGCGCGGCUGGAGCAGAAGCAGCCCAGGUCCCGGGGUCCUACGUCACAGGACUCCAUCAGGAAUCAGGUGAGAAAGGAGCUGCAAGCCGAGGCAACCAGCAGCAGCAGCCCGGAUGCUCCUGGGACCAAGUCGAUGCCUGAGACCAAAGAGGAAGGCUCAGGCCACCUGGCUGUGAACGGCGUGUACUUCACCUGUCCGCUCACGGGGGCCACCCUGCGGAGGGACCAGCGGGACGCCCGCAUCAGAGAGGCCAUUAUGUCGCACUUCACCACAGACCCCGUGGCCGCCUCCAUCAUGAAGAUCCACACAUUCAACAGAGACCGUGACCGGGUGAAGCUGGGAGUAGACACCAUUGCCAAGUACCUAGACAACAUCCACCUGCACCCUGAGGAGGAGAAGUACCGGAAGAUCAAGCUGCAGAACAAGGUGUUCCAGGAGCGCAUCAACUGUCUGGAGGGGACGCACGAGUUCCUGGAGGCCAUCGGGUUCCAGCGGGUGCUGCUGCCCGUCGCGGACCAGGAGGCCGCCGAGGAGUUCUACGUGCUGAGCGAGGCGGCGCUGGCGCAGCCCGAGAGCCUGGAGCGCCACAAGGAGCGGCUGGUGGGCGCCGAGCCGGUGCGGGCGCAGCUGGACCGCCAGCGCCGCGUCUUCCGGCCCUCGGCCCGGGCCGCGCAGUUCGACCUCCCCGCCGACUUCUUCAACCUCUCGGCCGAGGAGCUCAAGCGUGAGCAGAGGCUCAGGUCCGAGGCGGUGGAGCGGCUGAGCACGCUGCGCACCAAGGCCAUGCGGGAGAAGGAGGAGCAGCGGGAGCUGCGCAAGUACACCUACACGCUGCUGCGCGUGCGCCUGCCCGACGGCUGCCUCUUGCAGGGCACCUUCUACGCCCGGGAGCGGCUGUCGGCGCUGUACCAGUUCGUGCGCGAGUCCCUGCAGAGCGACUGGCUGCCUUUUGAGCUGCUGGCAUCCGGAGGGCACAAGUUGGUGGAGGAAGAGAACCAGGCCUUCAACGAGUGCGGGCUGGUGCCCUCUGCUCUCCUGACUUUCGCGUGGGAUGCUGCUGUGCUGGAGGACAUCAGGGCUGCAGGGACAGAGCUGGACUCCUCGGUGCUGAAACCGGAGCUCCUGGAGGCCAUGGAGAAGCUCUCCUGAAAUAAAAGCAGGGUUGGCUCGGCCUGCGGCUCUGUUUCAUGCUCUCCCCAUCCGUCCCUCCCUGGAGCUGCCCUGCCGCCUUGCCCCAGAGCCCCUGGCCAUACAAGGGUGCUGGCUGGCUGUGUUGCUGUGUAAGGGGCCCAUUCCAGAGGCUUCGUCCCAGGCAGGGGUGCUAGAGACAUGCACUGGAGCCCACUAGGGACAGCACUGCAUCUAAGCCUCCCCAGCCACUGUCCUGGGGAGCCUAGGGUACUCCCAGGUGGGCCUCUCCCUGGGUCUAGCAGAUCUGAGGCUUGAGGACAGGACCACAAGCUGUGGACAGAGGCAGCACAUAGAUGUGUAAUUUCUAAAUUAUGAACCUAAAUAAAAUAGGAUAUUUAACUAUA